AUUGUUGCUCUUGGUGUGGAAAAAAAUUAGUUGCCAAGCUGGAAAAUGAAAGGACAGUAUGGAAGGUCUGUGCUUUAGAACAUAAUGUCUGCAUGGCCUUUGCAGGCCUCACUGCUGAUGCAAGGAUAGUCAUCAACAGAGCCUACAUAGAGUGCCAGAGCCACUGGCUGACUGUGCAGGAUCCAGUCACUGUGGAGUACAUCACCUGCUCCAUUACCGGUCUGAAGCAGCACCAUACCAGAGCAGUGAGUACAGGUCAUUUGACAUCUCUGCCACCCCCAGACUAUCAACCUGAACCCUUGGGUACAUACCAUGCUUGGAAGGCCAAUGCCAUAGGCUGGAGCACCAAGUCAGUGCAUGAAUUCCUGGAGGAAAGCUACACAGAUGACGAGACAGAUUAUCUGACCAUCAAACUGGUGACCAAGGCACUUCUGGCAGUGGUCCAGUCAGGUGGCAAAAACACUGAACUUGCUGUCUUGAGGCAGAAUCACCCCCUUAAUAUUCUAAAUCCUGAAGAAUUUGAAAAGUUUGUUGCCAAAAGAAAGAAGAAAGGAGAAGGAGGAGGAGGAAAAGACGAAACAAAAUAAAGCAUCUUGAUGAAGUGAACAUUGAUUGGUUGGAGCA